CGGGAAAGAGUCUUGUCGAGGAAGUUACAGAAAAGGAUGUGUAUGUUAGGUUUGAUGCAAGUUUACAGGAAGAAAGUGAUGAACACGCAACUGUAAGGUUGAUGGCUGCAGUGAUAUAAUACUACCUCUCCUUGUCGUGCGCAGCUAACAAAAAGGACUCGGCAUCCGAACCCUAAGCCAACUCGACUCGCUUAUCCUCUCUUCCUCCCUUUUACAUUCCCUGUUCUCGUCUCCCAGCGCCUGUCUUCGUCGGACUUUUGCGUGGAUAGGAGUUAUGGAAUCGACAUCUUCGGCGUCAGCAGGAUCCGGUGGCACAAAGGCGUGCCGGCGUGGGCACUGGAGGCCCGGUGAAGACGAGAAGCUGCGGCAGCUCGUGGAAGAGUUUGGACCUCGCAACUGGAACUCGAUUGCUGAGAAGCUGAAGGGGAGAUCAGGUAAGAGCUGCAGAUUGAGGUGGUUUAACCAGCUUGACCCGAGGAUCAACAAAAGGCCAUUCACAGAACAAGAGGAAGAGAGGCUGGUUGCGGCUCAACAAGUUCAUGGAAACCAGUGGGCGCUGAUCGCACGGCUCUUUCCCGGGAGGACAGACAACGCGGUGAAGAACCAUUGGCAUGUCAUCGUGGCUCGCCGUCACAGAGAAAGAUCAAAGCUCGUGAGGAAGAGACCCCUGCAACGGUUCCAAAUCCUAUCCGACGUCGAGCUUUCAAGCAUCCAUUUGUUGCCGCAAACAUACCCUAAUCCUAAACGUAGUUCUAGUGUUUAUAGGAGGAGUUCACAGCUCCAUGACCAGCCACCUCGCCGUUAUCGUCGUCUACCUCGCUGGAGUCUCGUGGCAUGCGAGGAGGAUGCCAAGUACAAGAAGGCAGCUCCUCUGGAUUCCGGUAAAUGCUCCUCCGAGAGUGAUUGCUGUCACGCAGUAAACGCAUGCGAAAUGGUCGGACAUGGGGACGAUUCUGACAUGUCCAUCGAUCAUAGAGCCAUGAAUGAGAAGACUGAUAGAAGGAAGAACGUUCCUUUCAUAGACUUUCUGGGCGUUGGGAUGACUUCUUGAAUCCAAGAACCUUUUUGUUCUUGAAAGUUUGUGGCGAAUGCUUGCUGUAAUGAUUUCUUUUGAGUUUUAGGAGAAACAACAUAUAUAACAUUUCCAGGAAAUCUUUGUUCCGAAUGCAUAAUGC